GCCCCGCCCCCGCCCCCGCCCCUCCCCGCCCACCGGCCUCGCAGUCACCGCGGACGCCAAUCUUGUGCAUGGAGUCGCCAUUUUGCUCCUAGAGAGGCCGCCAGGAGACCCGGCGCUUUCUUCCUUCUGCAGCUGAGGCUGCGGCGGGGCCGGGGCUGGGGUCGGGGCCAGUGGGUCUCAGUCUGUCCCCCAGGCUGGAGUGCAGUGGUGUGAACAUAGCUGUCUGCAGCUUUGUCCUCCAGGGCUCAAGUCAUACUCCCACUUCAGCCUCCCAAGAGGAAUUUUGUUGUCAGAGAAUAAAAGGAGGUUGUCCAUAAUUGACUUUAAGCAGCAAUCAGUAAAACAUUGAGCUCUUCAGCUCCGCCUUUCUUGCUCUGAAAAUUGGAAAACCAAGAAGGUUUUGAUGUUUUGUGUGACGCCACCUGAAUUAGAAACCAAGAUGAACAUAACCAAAGGUGGUCUGGUGUUGUUUUCAGCAAACUCGAAUUCAUCAUGUAUGGAGCUCUCAAAGAAAAUUGCAGAGCGGCUAGGGGUGGAGAUGGGCAAAGUGCAGGUUUACCAGGAACCUAACAGAGAAACGAGAGUACAAAUUCAAGAGUCUGUGAGGGGAAAAGAUGUUUUCAUCAUCCAAACCGUUUCGAAGGACGUGAACACUACCAUCAUGGAGCUCCUGAUCAUGGUGUAUGCAUGUAAGACCUCUUGUGCCAAGAGCAUCAUCGGCGUGAUACCCUACUUUCCUUACAGCAAGCAGUGCAAGAUGAGAAAAAGAGGCUCCAUUGUCUCUAAAUUGCUGGCUUCCAUGAUGUGCAAAGCUGGUCUAACUCAUCUUAUUACUAUGGAUUUACACCAGAAGGAAAUUCAGGGCUUCUUCAAUAUUCCUGUUGACAAUUUAAGAGCAUCUCCCUUCUUAUUACAGUAUAUUCAAGAAGAGAUCCCAGAUUACAGGAAUGCAGUAAUUGUGGCCAAGUCUCCAGCCUCGGCGAAGAGGGCACAGUCUUUUGCUGAGCGCUUGCGCCUGGGAAUUGCAGUGAUUCAUGGAGAGGCGCAGGAUGCCGAGUCGGACUUGGUGGAUGGACGGCAUUCCCCACCCAUGGUCAGAAGUGUGGCUGCCAUCCACCCCAGCCUGGAGAUCCCCAUGCUGAUUCCUAAAGAAAAGCCCCCAAUCACGGUUGUGGGUGAUGUUGGAGGAAGAAUUGCCAUCAUCGUGGAUGACAUCAUUGAUGAUGUUGACAGCUUUCUUGCUGCAGCAGAGACCCUGAAGGAAAGAGGUGCAUAUAAGAUCUUUGUGAUGGCAACUCAUGGCUUGUUGUCUUCUGACGCCCCCCGGCUGAUUGAAGAGUCUGCCAUUGAUGAGGUGGUGGUCACCAAUACAAUUCCACAUGAAGUCCAGAAGCUCCAGUGCCCCAAGAUUAAAACUGUGGAUAUCAGCAUGAUCCUUUCAGAGGCGAUCCGUCGGAUCCACAAUGGGGAGUCCAUGUCCUACCUUUUCAGAAACAUAGGCUUAGAUGACUGAGUUUUCCUUUAGGAAAACUCCCGAGGGCCAAACUGGAAACAUAAGAGUGACUGCUCGGUGGGAUAGAUUUCACAGGAACUGUCAUGCUUGUUCCUCCCUCUCCCCUGUAACCUCACUUCUUAUUGAUUCCUAAGAAGAUAGACCAACUUUUUAUGUCGGUUUGGGUGUUUGUGAGUUUGGGGAGCAAUUUUUAUAAAAGAAAAACUUUAUUCUCCUCUUUUGAAAAGGUAAGACCUUGUUUUAGUUUUAACUGUUUAAAAAAUAACACUUGGAAUAAGAUUUGUAAGCUCACAAAGCCUUUUUCCAAAGUUGCUUGAGCCAAGUGCUUAAAAAGUUAAUAAAAUAAAAUGAUCUGUAUGAUACCUGCAAUUGAAAAGCCGAAAAGAUUAUACUGUCAAGUCCAGUAAAUGACAUUUUUAGAGAUGCUUUUGUAGGCAAGCAUAUGGAAUAUGUGAUUGUAUUUAUUUUCUGCAGCUAAAAAAGGAAUAAAAACUCGUGUUUGUGUGUUUUUCUAAAACUUUGUGUUCUGGCAAUCGUUUUAUAACUGAAAUAAAAUGAAAGCUAAAUCUA